UGUAUAGUGCGUAGAAGAAGCAUAUACAAGUUGCUCCCUCCCCCGAGGGCUAAUAGUUUCCCACAGGUGAUGUCAAGAGUACUUUUAAGUACUGUAGAGAUUCGUUUGCUGACAAGGCAUUUAUAUUAUGUUUAUUGAGGGUUAUUUCUUUCUCAUUUCUAAAAAACCUAACCCCUCCAAGGAGUCCAACAUGGAAGAGUUUAAAGAUGCAAGUCCACCUGAAGAAUUACUUGAUCACUUAAAGCUUUCUGAUCAGAAGUCUUCAGAGACUGGCCCCAAAGAUGCACAGAAUCCCAAAAACAUUGAAGGUGGAUAUACACCAUCCUCAGCCAAAGAUCCCACAACAGCAGAUGAGUGUUUCCAUGACUGUCACGACUCCUUUGAGGCAAAAGAACCUAUGCUGGAUGAUGAAGGGAAUUUACAGAAUGAUGAGAAUAGCUCAAGGAAGCAGACAGAACUAGAUGAAGAAUACUUACUAGAACUAGAAAAAGAUAUGCCAGAAGAAGAAAAACAGAAAAGAAGAAAGGAGAGCACAACACUGAAGGAGAAAGGAAAUGAGCAGUUCAAGAAAGGAGACUAUGGAGAGGCGGAGGACUCUUAUACGAAGGCUCUGCAGAUUUGUCCAGCGUGCUUCCAAAAAGAUAGGGCUGUUUUGUUUUCAAACAGAGCUGCUGCAAAAAUGAAACAGGACAAGAUGGAAGCUGCCCUAAGUGACUGCAGCAAAGCAGUGGAAUUAGAUCCUAACUAUAUUAGAGCUUUGCUGAGGAGAGCAGAACUAUAUGAAAAAACAGAAAAACUAGAUGAAGCUCUGGAAGAUUAUAAGGCAGUCCUAGAAAAAGACUCAUCAGUUCAUCAAGCCAGAGAAGCUUGCAUGCGAUUACCUAGACAAAUUGAAGAGCGGAAUGAAAAAUUAAAGAAAGAAAUGUUAGGCAAACUGAAGGAUCUUGGGAAUUUGGUUCUCCGCCCCUUUGGCCUGUCAACAGAAAAUUUCCAGAUAAAACAGGAUUCAUCAACCGGUUCAUACUCCAUCAAUUUUGUUCAAAAUCCAAACAACAAUAGAUAACAUUAAUUCAAUCUAGUUCUGCUGGCUUUCAGGCUUUGUGACCGUGUGCUUGCACGUACCAAUAAAAGGAUUCAGCAAACAUUCUUCACGCUCCCCAAGUGAAGAUAAGACUCAAGCAUAUUCAUUUCCCUGCUUGUGAAAUUAUUUACAAUGUAAAGCAAGUCAUUUGACUUCUCUUAGUGAUAACAGUGUCCAGUGUGUGAUGGGGUUUUUUGGGGUUUUUUCUUGUUUUUACAUUUUCUUUUCUUCCCUUGCGGUGUUUGGCUUGUCCAACAGUCACGUUCAUUAUUUUGGUCCAUUCAAUGCUGGCAACAAAAUUCUAGCAGCAAUUCAGUUGAAUCAAAAUGCCCACGCACCUGUAGCCAAGAACUAAGCCUAACGGUGUCUUGGGGAAUUAAUGAAUCUAGCAGCCGCACUUCUCCACACUCAGCAGGUGGAUAUGACUGACAGCAUGCAUGGAAGCAAGCCAACCUCUUCUGUGGAAUAAUUUUUCUUUGUAAUAAAGGCUUGGUAUUUCUGGCGG